GAAGAAGACUACAGUAAGGAAGAGUUGAUGUCCUCACGUGGAUGUUUAUUUGACUGGACUGCGGGCUUUUAUUUUAGUGCUUAAUGUAGUUCCAGCCUUUACAGGAACAUGACAGAAGCAUUCAGCAGUAACAGUGAGACCGUGCUGCAGCGCUCGGUGGAUGUCAGCAGCACCGAUUCAGGCUGCUGUGCAGAAGAACUAGCGAAGAUUUAUCAGAUCAGUGAGACUUGUCAUUUUAUCUGGAGUAAUGAUUUUAAGAAGGUAGCUUUGCAGUUUCCUGAUGAACUUCUGGCAGAUUCAGUUGCAGUCUCUGCAACAAUAGAGAAGGAAACCCAAGUAAAAACUUAUAUUUUAGGUGACACCUCAUAUGGCAGUUGUUGUGUAGAUGAAGUGGCUGCUGAACAUGUUGGAGCUGACUGCAUCGUGCACUAUGGCCGCUCAUGUCUCAGUCCAUCCAGACGGUUACCCCUCAUGUACGUGUUCGGGAAGCGAACUAUCGAUGUGCAGAAGUGUGCUUCAGCGUUCAGAGAGCUCUACCCAGACCAAGAGAGCCAUGUGGUCAUAUUGUAUGAUGUCACCUACUGGCAUGCCAUAGAUGACUUCAAGGAGCUUUUGGGUGACACUUACCCCAACGUUGUGUUCUCUCUCCUGAGAGCAGAUCAUUCUCACGGUCAGGUCUAUGGACCUUUUGGAGGUAAUUCUGACUUGGACUGUGCAGAAGACAGGCUUGUUUAUAAAUGUGGCCGGCAGUUUUGUUUGAAAGAAGGAGAAAGCAUAGAAAAUUACGCAAUGUUUUAUAUUGGCCGAGAGGGUCUCACCCUUACAAACUUCAUGAUGACUUGGAACCAUUGUACCUUCAGUUCUUUUGACCCUGCCACAUCAACAGGCAGAGUCGAAUCAGUCAACAUCAACAAAGCGCUGAUGAAACGCUACUACGCCAUUGAGCGGGCAAAGGAUGCCAGUGUGGUGGGUAUCUUAGUGGGUACGCUAGGUGUUGCCAACUACCUGACCAUCAUCGAACAGCUGAAAGAUUGUAUUCGCAAAGCUGGCAAGAAGAGCUAUAUGUUUGCAAUGGGCAAGAUCAACGUACCAAAGCUGGCCAACUUCUUGGAAAUUGAUGUGUAUGUGUUAGUUGCUUGUCCAGAGAACUCACUGCUGGAUUGUAGCGAGUUCUACAGGCCAGUGGUGACGCCGUUUGAGAUGGAGCUGGCCUGCAACAAGCAUCGCAAGUGGACUGGAGAAUACGUCACAGAUUUCAGAGACCUCCUGCCUGGAGGACGCAAUCAUGUGGACUUUCCCGAGUCCAAUCAGACCAAUAAUGAUGAUCUAACAGAUGUGUCACUGAUUACCGGAGCCCUGCGUACUUCCUGUUUGCGUUCCUUCUCUGAGCAAGCAGAUGGUUCCUCAACUUCUUCUCUUGUCACCAGGAAUCAGACUCUAACUCUGGCCAACACUAACACUGCAGCUUCGUUUCUUGCAGGCCGUAGUUGGCAGGGUUUGGAACCCAAGCUGGGUGAAACGCCAGUAGUGAAAGCUGUGGAAGGAAGACGGGGUAUUGCAAUUGCCUAUGAAGAGGAGGGUACAGACAGCAAAGAUUGCUGAACCUGACCAUACAGCCUAAGUGUGCAAGAUGCUCAGUCUGCAGUAUAAAAGGAAAUGAGAAAGAUACAUGAGCAGCGGCAUCUCCAUCAUAAUCUAUGUACAUGCUAUGUAUACCAGUGUAAGAGUAUCAUAGUGCAAUGGGACUGGACCUAACAGUUUAAUACAUGCCCUGUCUAAAGUAA